GUUCCUACUUUCUAAUAUUCUACGCGAAAUGAACGCGUCUGCCGAGCACGAUCAUGUGCCAAGAGCGCUACGAAACCAAAUGCGGUCAUGGACCGCAGUGACUGCGACUUGCUUCAAUGACUUCAGGGCAGUACGAGCCAGUGCCCACAGACUCAAAUCUACACAUAGACGAUACAAAUACUGUUCCCCCCGAAAGAGUGCAUCCUCAUUUCGUUUCCAUUCGCAGACUGCUUUUAUUCUCCCUAGCUUUCGUUCUCGUCGCCCUUGCUUCGUACAAGGCCGGACAGUGGUCUUUAUUACACCACGCUCCAGUUUCCUCAGACAAGGAAGCUCAAGUACCCAUAGAGUCAGGUAAAGAAGAAGUCUCAGUACCCCCAUCGACUUCUCCACAUACGAACGAUACAGACAUGUCGGAAGGGAAGUACAGUGUCGGCUACUUUGUGAACUGGGGAAUCUAUGGACGGAAAUUCCCUCCAUCCCUGAUUCCAGUCCAAGACCUCACGCAUAUCCUGUACGCUUUUGCCAAUCUCAAAGCAGACACCGGAGAAGUCUUCCUGUCCGACACUUGGGCUGAUCAAGAUAUCCACUAUCCCGGCGAUUCAUGGAAUGAUAGUGGGAAGAAUCUGUACGGCAACUUCAAGGCUAUCUAUAAGUUGAAGAAGCAAAAUCGCCAUUUGAAAGUCCUUCUUUCUAUUGGCGGCUGGACCUACUCUCCCACUUUUCAUCCUAUUGUCGUUUCGCCGGUUCUCAGGUCGAAGUUCGUCGCAUCCGCUAUCCGUCUUUUGGAAGACAAUGGCUUGGAUGGUUUGGACAUAGACUAUGAAUACCCUUCGAAUGAUGCCCAAGCCCGAGGCUAUGUGGAUCUUCUUCGCGAGCUCAGACAUGGGUUGGAUGAGCACGCACGAAGAAAAGGAGCUAACUACAAGUUCUUGCUCACCAUCGCGGCACCCUGCGGUCCUGACAACUAUAAGAAACUACACGUUGCCGAGAUGGAUCGACACCUCGAUUUCUGGAACAUGAUGGCCUAUGACUUCGCCGGGUCUUGGGACAGCGUCGCGGGCCACCAAGCUAGUCUCUUCGGGGGACCGAUCAGCGCGUCAGAAGCCAUCCACUGGUAUGUUUCUAAGGGUGUUGCUCGGGACAAGGUCGUCGUGGGUAUACCGCUCUAUGGCCGAUCGUUCAUGAAUACCGAGGGUCCGGGCAAGCCUUUCCAAGGUAUUGGUCAGGGCAGUUGGGAGAAAGGUGUCUACGAUUAUCGGGCACUGCCACUUCCCGGUACCUACGUAUUCCACGAUGAUCGGGCGGUUGCUAGUUGGACGUACAACUAUCAGACAAAGGAGAUGGUCAGUUUUGACACAGAAAGGGUGGGGCAUUUGAAGGGUGAAUGGAUAAAGAAGGAGGGUCUGAGAGGCAGCAUGUUCUGGGAGCUGAGUGGAGAUAAGGGAAGUCCGAGGGAUGGCAUGGAGGGAGGUCCCGGGAAGGAAGCACAACCAGGGCGUAGUUUGGUUAGCGUGGUGAAGGAGGCAAUGGGGAGACUGGACAGCUCGCCCAACUGGCUGCGGUAUGAAGGUAGCCAAUUUGAAAACAUGAGAAAAGGCAUGGACCAAGCCGAUUAACAUACGCCUGUAUACGUCGUAGUGUAACAUAGCCUAGCAUAGAUGGGGAUUUCUAGUUCAAAUUACAGCAUUACACACGGCAUCACCUUGCGUCUUGAACUAUUUCAUUCUGAUGUGAGUAUGGUGCUGUUUUCGUACACCAUACGAAAAUAUAUGACAGCGGCGCAACAGCUCAAAUUAUUUCCCGCUUUUUAGGAUGAUGCGCGUGGUCGCGGUCAACUUCGGCUUCUGUAGUGAUGAGCGCUAAAUCUUAACUUCAACUCCUAAAACCAACUUCCCAGCAUCCCGACAAGCUGCAUAUAGGCACUUCCCUCAACAGCCGGCGGGGUAUAGUUGAGGCAGUCUUCCGCGAAGCUGUUCGGUUUCGAGACUUAGCUCCGUGGCAGCACAACAUGGCCUUAGGCGCCCCCUCUCACCGACUGUCUUGUGUUGACAAUCAUACAGUACAUGCUUAGCUUCCGCCAAACACAGAAGAAUGCUUGAUCUGCAAUAAGCGAAUAGAAUGUAC